CCCAGGGUUCCCAGUAGCGGCAGCCCAGGUGUAGGCGGCCCGGGACGGCGGCGGCUCACGGCCCGGCCCGGCCACCAUGAUCUCGGUGCUGAGGGGCAGUUGCAGCCGCCCGCUCUUGGCGGGCAAGUUGCGGGCCGCCGCCUGGUGCAGGGCGCGGGUGGCCAGCGGGAGUUCGGACUUGCAGGAGGAGCGCAGGCAGAACAAGUUCGGGAAGACGGUGCUGCUGCCCCACACCAAAUUCCCCAUGAGACUGAGCGGGAGGGCUGCGGAGAAGGAGCUGCAGAUCCAGCGGGAAUGUGGUUUUUCAGAGCUAUAUGCUUGGCAAAGAAACAGAAAAGGAAAGGACUUUUGUGUCCAUGAUGGACCUCCUUAUGCUAACGGUGAUCCUCAUGUUGGUCAUGCCCUAAAUAAAAUACUAAAGGAUAUCACUAAUAGAUUUCAGAUGAUGAGAGGUUAUAAAGUUCAUUUCGUACCAGGAUGGGAUUGUCAUGGGUUACCUAUUGAACUUAAAGCGUUGGCAGAAUGUGGUGAACAAGCCAAAACAUUCUCUCCUGUGGAGAUCAGGCAAAAAGCCAGAGAAUUUGCAGAAAGAACAAUUGAACGCCAACGUGCAGCAUUCAUCCGAUGGGGUGUGAUGGCAGAUUGGGACAACUGUUAUAACACUUUUGAUAAGCAAUAUGAAGCCAAGCAAUUAGAAAUUUUCCACAAAAUGUUUGACAAGGUAUUACUGUUCUUGUCUACUAUAAAACCUGUAUUUUGGUCACCUUCCACAAGGUUUCUUUUGGCAGAAGCUGAGCUUGAAUACAAUCAACAGCACGUUAGCCGAUCGGUAAAUGUCAAGUUUCCUCUCUUAAACACUCCUUCCAAAUUGACUUCAGCAACAGAGAUUGCAUCCUCUAUUUAUGCACUGAUAUGGACAACCCAACCUUGGACCAUUCCAGCCAACCAGGCAGUUUGUUACAUGCCAAAUGCCCAGUACUCCCUAGUGAAGUGCUUAAACACAGAAGAGGUCUACCUUCUGGGUACAGAAUGUAUAGACUCCACAGCAGCUAUUCUGGGGACACAAUUUAAAGUUCUUCAGAUGGUCAAAGGUUCUGAUUUGGAGGGUGGAGUGUGUAACCACCCCACAAUUCCGGGAAGACAGUCUCGACUUUUGCCUGCUAACCAUGUGACAAUGCAUAAAGGGACAGGGUUGGUUCAUACAGCCCCAGCUCAUGGGAUGGAAGAUUAUAGUGUGGCUUCGCAACAUGAACUCUCUGUUGACUGUCUAGUAGAUGAAGAUGGCAUUUUCACUGAAGCAGCUGGAUCAGAUCUUCAGAACAAGUUUGUCCUUAAUGAAGGAAAUGAAACAGUCAUCCAAAUGUUGCAGGGUUCAAAAAUGUUAUUGAAAGAGGAGGAUGUACAACACAGUUAUCCAUAUGACUGGCGGACCAAGGAGCCAGUAAUUAUACGAUCCAGUAAACAAUGGUUCAUAGAUACUGGAAAAAUUAAGGACCGAGCCCAGGAGCUGCUGAAGAGGGUUGAAAUGAUUCCACGAUCAGCAAUGAACAGCAUGCUUGCCAUGUUGGAUAGACGAACAUAUUGGUGCAUUUCGAGGCAGAGGUGCUGGGGAGUUCCUAUUCCAGUUUUCUACCACAAAGAAACUGCAGAACCCCUUAUAAACAAAUACACAAGGGAUCACCUCAUCAAACUGGUGAAAGAACAUGGUACGGACUGUUGGUGGACUCUACCUUUGGACCAACUCUUGACAAAGGAAAUUUUAAAAAAGAGUGGAGGCUCUGAUGUGUCAAAUUAUAUCAAGGGAGAAGAUAUCUUGGAUAUUUGGUUUGAUAGUGGCAUCUCGUGGGCAAAUGUUUUGGAAGGUGUAGAUAAUAUUGCUGAUGUGUACCUCGAGGGAAAGGACCAGCUGGGUGGUUGGUUUCAAUCCUCUCUGCUUACCAGUGUAGCAGUGCAUAAACAGGUUCCAUUUAGAAAACUGAUUAUCCAUGGAUUUACCCUCAAUGAAACUGGUGAGAAGAUGUCCAAAUCGUUGGGAAAUGUGGUGGAUCCUGAUAUUGUUAUUAAUGGAGGGCAGGAUCUAACCCAGGACCCACCCUAUGGAGCAGAUAUACUUCGGUGGUGGGUGGCAGAAUCCAAUGUUUUUACAGAGGUGUUAAUUGGACAGAAUAUUUUGCAAGCAGCAAGAGAUGAUGUCUUUAAGUUGCGGAAUACAUUACGAUUUAUGCUAGGGAACCUUUAUAAUUUCAAUCCUGAGACUGAUGGAGUUUCAAAUGAACAAAUGCUCUUAGUGGAUCAGUAUAUGCUUCAUCUCCUUCAAGAUUACGGCAUCAAGGUUACAGAGGCUUACACAGAGUAUGAUUUUGGAAAGGUUAUUCGCCUUAUGCAAGCAUUUAUUAACAGAGAACUUUCAAACUUCUACUUCAGUAUCAUCAAAGAUCGAUUGUACUGUGAAGAUGAAAAACAUCCCAAGCGUCGAUCAUGUCAGACAGUGUUAAAUGAAGCAUUAGAUGUAAUCACACGUUCUGUAGCCCCAAUUUUGCCUCACCUUGCAGAGGAAAUAUUCCAGCAUCAAUCAAACACAAAAGAGCCUUUGAGUGUGUUUCGCACUGGCUGGAUAAAGACCAGUUCUGUUUGGAAGAAGCCAGGUAUAGUGGAAGCUAUUGAAGGUGCUUGUGCAAUGAGAGAUAGCUUCUUGAGCUCUAUCCCUGGCAAAAAUACAUUAGAAUAUGAUGUAACCAUUAUCAUCGAGCCCUGUCUACUGCUAGAGUUGAUGGAGCAAUUACAGAAUGAGAAAACAUCCAGUACUUCAGAAUUGAAUGAAUUAAUGAUGGCAUCAAGCACGACAUUACUUACAAGUGUUCCUCGUGACUUGCCUGCAGAUAUGGAUCUAAUUGAAGGAAAAUUUGUAAUCAAUUUGGAAGGUGGUGACAUUAUCGAGGAAUCACCAUAUGUUGUAAUUGUUCAACCAGCUGCCAAAGAGAAAUGUCCUCGUUGUAAAAAAUACACAUCAGAUUCAACACUAACUCCCUGCACUCGUUGUUUGGAAGCCAUUGCGGGGAAGUGGAGCAUGUAAUUUGUAUGCCAGGAGAGGACAAUUUCUAAGCAUUGGAAGAAAUGGGUACUUGUGGACUAAUAUGUAAUCUAAAGCUAUUGUUCAGAGGAAAUCCUCAUCUCCCCACCCUCCAAUAUUUGAAAGUGAACCUAUGAAUAACUCUUCAUUUGGAUAUUUUGAAUUCGGAGGACUUCAAGAGGAAUAUUAAAGAUCUUUGUGGUCCAAAAAUAUUGUUGGUCAGCAUUGCAAGAGUAUGAAAGUGACUCCUGAACAGAUGGAGAGUAGAAAGUUUGGCUGUUCUGUCAUACAUUUAUGCCUAUUAAUUUGGAUUUUGAUUAUAGUUCACAGCAGUAAGCAAAUGUCAUUGCAUCUACUGUUAUACACAGUGAAGAACGAUCCAUGUGAGUAGUUGAUCAAGUAUUUCUAGUUUCAAUUGUAAUAUCAGAUGAGGUUAAAGUUUAUGAUAUUUUUGCUUUUUUAAUAUAACAUGCUCAAAGCAUGUUAUAAUCAUGGCAGAUGUCUCUAUUACAAAAAAAAUUACAAUGUGACCCAUAAGUAAAAUAGGGUUCUAGUAAUGUUUCUAUUGUACUUGUCAUGCUGCAGGUUAUGAGGAAAUUGAGUUUCAAUUAAAAAUAACUUCUUUUGGAUUAAAGAAACAAUGACAAUUUUUUUUAAAGCAAUUAGUGUUUACACAGCAAUUUUAAUAAGCUGACUGGUAGCAAAUUUUAAGGUUUGUUUAAUUUGGCACUGAUACAGAAAAAAUUGGCCAUAGCCCAGCUGUCAGUUAUUUGUGAGAGUUCUGUAUGCUCUUGCCUCCCAUUGGUGGAAGGGUUGAUGUCCAAGAAUGUAUUCCAACUUGGUUCUUGUACAACCGAUUUGUGUAAAUAUAUUGGUUUGAAAAAUAUACUAAAUCAUAUGAAAAAGACACUAUUCCUCCAGCUCACUUCUGCCAUUUUGGUAUUAGAAAUGUGAAACAAUAAUGGGAGUUGAUGACUGAUCAAUGAAUUCAGAAUCUACUAAUUGAUUAUCUAGAAGAGAAAGACAGACUUGUCAGAGCCAAACAUGUUACAUUUUUCAUUUGUUCUCUUUCCAGUUAAUAGCCUGAAGGGAAUUCAUAAUUGUUACAUUAAUGAAUUUACCAUAUGUAUCUUUCUCAAAAGGCAACUGUUCAAGUUAACUUGCAGUUUUGAAUUUGUUAGUUAGUGGUAAUAUCCUAUAGUUCUACUCCUUAGGACAAGGUGAAAUCACUGCCCGUGGUUUAUUAUUGAAUUCCUUUAGAAUCACAACACAACCUUUUCAGUUGAGAACUUACCCAAUUUACAAAACUUUACCGUUAUCCAAUGUGCUAAUCCUAAUUGGAGUUUCAUGCUCAAGUGCACAACUUGUUUCUUUUGGGAAAACAGUAAGAACUUUCUAGUUGUGAUUUAACUAAAUGAACUGGCAGGGACAACUGGAUGGUGUAAAACUCUGGUCUUAUUGUCAGAGAAUAUAGUUCCUUAGUAUAGCUGCCAAUUCAGCAAAAAGCAGCUUUUUUUUGAAACAGGUACUGAAUUUUUCUGCAAAAAGGUACGUAAAGUUGAUAUUCAUUACCCAUACUAAAUUAUCAGUCUGAAAUUUAAAAGGUAUAAUUUGUAAUACAAUUUCAGAGAGAAUUGCAGAGUUAGGUGUUGCAUAAUCAGUGUAGAGAGACUCAGUAUGGAAUUCAAUUGUUUUAGCUAACCAGCCUUUUCAGGUGGUUAAAUAUUGCAAAAUGAUUUUUUUUUUGUCCAUCUUCAACAGUGGAGAUUUAAAACUAUAGAUUUAUGGCUUGGUACAGAUAUCCGGAAAGACCACAUGCUAUUCUAUUCGUUCCCGACAUACCUGUGACAUUAACUCAGUUUUUCUCUGAACAGUUGGGUAUUUCCAGCAAUGGCAGUAUUCUGCAUCUCACGGUUCCAGCAUUCUGUCUGUCCUCCAUCAUUUCACACUACUACAAUUUGCAUCAGUUGAUCCCCACUCCUCCCCAUUCUCUUUAACAUUGUUACAUAUUGCUGUAGUUUUUCUCUCCAUUUACCAUAUUUAAUAGAAUUUCACUACUUGCAUUUUUGCAGCAGAUGUAGUAAAUCAACCAGACUCAUCAAAUUUACCCUCCAUUGUGUCAAUUCACUGCAAUUUUGGUGGAACAAUUUAAUAUUUUCAAAGCAAAGCAACUUAGCA